UCCGGCCGGGCGGGCGCGAUCCCCGGGAGGCGACUACGGACAAACUGCUUCACUCGGUGGCUCCGUACCAUGCAGCCGCUGCUCUGCGCGCUGGCCGGGCUCGCCCUACUCCGCGCUGAGGCGGCCGAAUGGGUCCAGGGUCCCAGGGACACCCCCGGACGGCGAGCUGCCGAGUCCCCCAGUUCCUCUGGAGAAGCUCUAGCGUGGAUCCCCGGCUGUGACAGACAUAUGGCUGUCCAAAGACGGUUAGACAUUAUGGAAGAGACGGUGGAGAAGACAGUGGAGCAUCUGGAGGCAGAAGUGACAGGGCUGCUGGGCCUGCUGGAAGAACUGGCUUCAAACCUUCCCCCAGGGCCCUUCAGCCCCAGGCCUGACUUGCUUGGAGACGAUGGCUUCUAACUACCAGGGAUGGUGGAGCCCGUCAGAUGAAGUCAUCCCUCUGAGGACCAAGCCAGGUCUUCCUGCCUUCCUGCCCCACCUUUGUGUGAAAUAAAAGCUACUAUUUGGACCCA